GUCUCCUGCUACACUGCCCACCCUCAUCUUCCAACAGUGAGGGUAGGACAUCAAGGUUCUCAUGACACCAAGGAUUCAAACAAUGGGGUAAUGGAAAUUCUGGACAUUCAUUUCCUCACCUGUGAAAAUUAAAAGAAGACCCAGUGGUCACUCCCUCUAUAGCAAUGAGAAGGAAGUUUUAGCACUGAGAGUGUAUUGACCACAAAGCAGAUUGAAGAAAGAAAAACCCAACUUCUACUAAGCAUAUUGGCUCACAUAUCAACAGAGAGUGGUAGCUUUCCAAUCCUACCUCCUCAGACUGUGUGGAUACGUGGAAGCCAGCAUGGAACCAUUUCAUCAGUGCUGAGCCAGAUCCCUGAUGAUGAUUCAAAAUAAAUCAUCCAUGACCACUAUUGCUCAUUGAGACCAUUGGAAAGGACCCUGGAAUAGUGUAAUUAGCUGCUAUUACAUGGCUGCAAGCCUGCAAUUUUCCUACUGAGUUUGACCCUCUGCAUUGCUUAAAAAGACAGCACUUUCAUCUUAUCAAGAAGUUGAACUUAACUGUCAUCUCCAUCUUCCUACAACUAUAUAACACUUUCGUAGGCUUAUUUAUAAGGACAACUUUGAAAAAGAAUUAUCAUAGAAACGAUUUUAUGCAAAAGGCAUUGUUUCCUCAAGAGGAAAAAAAAAUCUCUAGGAAACUAAAGAGAAGACAAAGGAGAAUACCAAAUAAUGACAAUCUUUUUCAUCCUCAUCUACACAUAAGUUUUGAGACAUCUGUAAUAUAUGGGAUUAACAGAGGGGUUAUAAGGUAGAAGUUAAGAACUAUCAGACUAUAGAAAACUAUCUACCAUCGAUAAGAUCCAGCUAAAGAUCAAUUACCAAAAAAUCCCAGAAGCCUACAGCAUAAAACAACAAAAUCACUAGAUCAAUAUGGUGCCAUUAACACACUAUGAUCCAUAUUUUGUGCCAUUAGAACACUCUUAUCAACUAGCCACAGAGGACUCAUUAGCCCAUAGGUACACAGGUGAAAAACUCUGUCAACCCAAUAACCAACCUGAGUCUGGAGAACAAUCCCUUGGUAAUCACCUUGCAGAACCUCCAUUAAAUUCUAACCAGAAGGAGCAAGGAUGCUCAGUAAUACCCUCUGCCAAGUUUCCGUAUACUGUUUCACAAGAUUUCUAUAACAGCUUUCCAAAGUCACCAUUAUCCCACUCCAAAUGUCCAGUCACACCUUCGCUAGACAUUAGCCACCAAACUUCACAUAGGCCUAGUCAGAGAACCCUGAACUCACCUGUAACCUACACCAAACCUCAGGAAACACCAUUGCUUGAGUUCAACAAGACAGCAUCAUUACUGGAACCCAAUCAAACAACCAUGAGUUUACAAUUACCCCUCCCCAAACCUCAGACAACAUCAUUCUUGGACUUUUCUCAGACAUCACCAUCACUGAAGUCUAAUCAAAGAGUCUCAAGUUUAUCACUAUCCAUCUUUAAACAUCAAGAAAUACCUUCCGUCAAUGUCCUCUGGACAGCAUCAUCCUUGGGAGCUAAUAAAAAGGCCCUUAAUACAACAGUACCUCAGUCCAAGUCACAGAAAUCAUCUUCAUUAGAUAGCCUUUGGACAUCUCUAACAGAGUGCAACCGGAGAUCUGUGAGCUCACCAUCACUUACCUCUACACAGGAAACAAAUGCCUUGCUUCAGACAUCACCUACAUUGGAGUCAAAUCAAAUGACUUCGAGCUUACCACUACACAACUCUAGACCUCAAACCAUACCUGUAUUAAAUUCUAAUUCCAGGGUUUCAAACUUACCAUUGUCCCACUCAAAGUCAAGGCAAUCCCCUUUACUACAUUCCGUCCACCAGCCUCAGAGUUUGUCAUUGUUCCAACCCAAAUCUCAGAAUGGGUGUACUAUUGCUCAUGACUUAAGGACCCAGAGUUCACAAGAUUGUUACUUCAAGUUUCAAAAUACCACAUCAACAAAUGACAAGCCUAAACCCUUAUAUCCCAAAUCAACAGUCUCAGGUCAAUCAUUAUCAAGCUCUAAAUAUUGCAUCAGGAACAUAGCUGCUUCAGCAUUGGGUUCCAGACUCCUGAGUAAAAGCAGCAUUGACCCUUCCGCCAAGACAGAAUCAAAUAAGGAAAUUCCGUGGGCUUUAGAUUAUAUUUAUCCCUGCAUCGUUAAAGGUGGAACUCUCCCUGAUAAUGUUGUAAAUGAAGUUGUCAAUUCUAUCUCUAAGACCAGAAUCCAGAAGGAUCUCUCUAAGCAGAUUCUCUAUCGAAGGAUGAGGGGACGGCCAAAUCCUCGUCCUGGCCCCCGCCUUUCAGCAAGUUAUAUGGUUUGUUUAACAUGUGCUUCCUGCAUAAAAACUCAGUGUAGCCAUAUUACAGGAAAAAAAGAUCCUCGUAGUGCAACACUAUUUGUCAUCCCCUCACCUGAGCUCAGUUCUGAAGGUGAAAUACGGGUGAAAUUAUUUCUUAUCCUUUCUCUACCAGAGACUGGCUUCUUACCUUGUUUCCCAUUUUCUAUCAAAGAAAAUCAGCCUGAUGACAUCACUGGUGACAGCCUUGAAGGAAUGGAAAAUAUAUCACAACUUUUCCCUACACCUGAACCUGAUAUCACCCAGGGACUUAAUAUGAAGAACAACAAAUGGCUGAUAGAAGCCCCAGAAAGCAAAGUUGUAAGCCAACAGCCCCAGGCCAUUGACUGGCUGCUUUAUGUUAAGAAAAGUAAUAGUUUUCAGUCACAGUUCCCACACUCCUCUUCCUCCUCCUCUUCCUCUUCUUCAUCAUCUUCUUCCUCUUCUACCUCUUCUCAUCCACCUUCUUCUCCUCCUCCCAAACUUUCAAACACAUCUCCCUUCUCGGGUUGUGUGUUCUCUAAGCUACUGAGUUACCACCGGCUGCCUCCAGGGGUCUCCUGGCUUGAGUUUAUAUGUAGUAAAAAUUACCAGCCACUUCCUGGAAAACCACAUCUAAGUCAAUCACCACCUCCCAAAACAAUACCUAUGAGGAAUAAAACUACAGUAAAGGGGACAAAGGGGCCAAAUAAAUUGUUCAAACUCUUUCAGACAAAGUUUCAAAGUGAGAGAAAUCUUGAUUAAAUUAACUUUUGAUUUCCUUGAA